UAAACUGUUUUUGUCCUUAGUUACUGGAGUGUCCCAAAAAAAGGUCAUAGCUUUGUGUAACAUGACUCCUCCUCAUCCUCAUCCUCCUCCUCCUCCUCCUCCUCAUCCUCCUCCUCCUCCUCCUCCUCAUCCUCCUCCUCAUCCUCCUCCUCGCUCAUCACGGGAGGCUUUAGCAUAAAAAAAGAUCAGCGUUAGCAAUGAGCGCCAUUAGCAGCUGCGCUAAUGAGCGGAGCAGGAGGUCAUCAAAGAGCAGCGUUCAGGGGGGUGAGGGGGUAGAGGGCUGAGGGGGCGACUCAUUACCACUAAUUGGAACGAAACCACACGAAAUUCAGGCCUGGAUCUUUCACUCCAUACAUCAAUACGAGUACCACAAACUGGGAAUGUUUACAAUAGAAAGGGUUUUAUCUAUCUAUUUAUUUAUUUAUUUACUUAUUUAUUUUAAAGUUUAUGCAACAGUUUUAUAUGAAUAGAAUGAAGGGUUUUUUUUAUUUUUAUUAAAUAAUCUGUAUGUAUAUAUUAAAGAAAAAUCCAGCUUCAGUUCAUCCACACUCUCAGUUUCAGGGUUCUUUAAUGCUUUAAUGGAUAUUAAAAAAAAAAAAAAGUGUUUACCUUUUUUAUCUUUUAUUUUAUCCUUAUAUGUAUUGUUCAUGACUGUUUGCUUAUUGUUAUUAUUAUUAUUAUUAUUGUUUGUUUGUUUGUUUGUUUGUUUGUUUAAAUAUCAUUUAUUUAUUUGUUUAGUUUGUAAUUGAAAGUGUAAUUCUUCCUCACACUGAUGGACAACCAAAAAGUACUCAAGGGAUUUUUAAUUUAAUGCAUUUUCUACGAGUGUAACUAUAUAUAUAUAUAGAGAGAGAGAGAGAGAGAGAGAGAGAGAGAGAGAGAGAGAGAGAGGAUUUCUAUUUAUUUAACCAUUUGUUUGUUUGUUUAUUUCUAUUCAGUGAUUUUAAAUUAAAUGAAUUAGAUCAGAGUACAGUAAUAGCGUAUAUCUCAUUUAAUAAACACACAUCUGGAAACCACUGUAUACUAGUUAUUAUUAUUCAAAUGUACACAAAUCUGCAGUUGUUAUGCCUUUACAAGGUCCACGUGAAUGUGAAUCUUGGUUUCCAUGGAAACCCACCGGACCUGAGCACGUAUUGAGCUGUAAGUAUGCGGUUAGCUUAGACUUUAUUAUGAUAUAUUUUUUUUAAUCCCUGUAUAUUUAUUUAUUUAUUUUUCUGAAGAAAGGGUGGAACAGAGCGGGGAUUUUCGCGCGACCUGGCAACACAGCAGCACGCGCGAGAUGCGCGUCAUUGCAUCAUCAUCAUCAUCAUCGCCAUCAUCCUCAUCCUCGUCAUCUUCUUCUUCAUCCUGGAUGCAGCAUCGCUCUGCGCUACAGAACAACACCGCGCGAGGCUGUGCUCGUGCUCAUGUGUGUUAUAGGAAGACAUCCGUGUUUAUUAUUUAUUCCAUGAUGCGUAAGCGGAAAUGAUCCUGACCUGAGUGGCACCUGCGCGCGGAUGCUCUCUCUCUCUCUCUCUCUCGCUCUCUCUCUCUCUCUGAGCUGCAUUAGAGAGCACCAACACCCACAGAGCUCCCCCUCAAUCCCUUCAUCCUCUCCCAUUGUGGCUCUGAGCACCAUGCUGCUCUGCUGAGACUCUCUUUCUUUCUCUCUCUUUCUCUUUCUCCUUCUUUCUCUCUCUCUCUCUCUCUCUCUCUCUCUCUCUCUCUGUCCUCCACCAUGAGUCGUUUCCUGUCUAAGUUGGACCCCAGGCGUGUCCAGUGGAGGGCAUUUAGCUCCCGUGUGCUCCGCACCAAGCCGGUGGAGUCCAUGUUGGAGAGUGAGAGCAGCACUAAAUUGGCACGUGUCCUGACGACCUUUGACCUUGUCUCCCUGGGUGUUGGCAGCUGCGUCGGUACGGGAAUGUAUGUCGUAUCCGGGCUCGUUGCUAAGGAAAUGGCCGGCCCAGGGGUGAUUGUGUCCUUCAUCAUUGCUGCCGUGGCCUCCAUCCUGUCAGGUGUGUGUUACGCCGAGUUUGGUGUGCGUGUGCCGAAGACGACGGGUUCCGCGUACACCUACAGCUACGUAACGGUGGGCGAGUGUGUGGCCUUCUUCAUCGGCUGGAACCUGAUCCUGGAGUAUCUGAUCGGCACGGCGGCCGGAGCGAGUGCUCUCAGCAGCAUGUUCGACUCGCUCGCUAACCACAGCAUCAGCUCCUUCAUGAUCAGCCAUGUGGGCACGCUCAAUGGCCUCGGUAAAGGUGAGCUGGCGUACCCUGACAUCCUGGCUCUCAUCAUUGCCGUCCUCGUCACGGCCAUCGUGGCUUUGGGAGUGAAGAACUCCGUCGGCUUCAACAACGUCCUGAACAUUAUCAACCUGCUCGUCUGGGUCUUCAUGAUGAUCGCCGGGUUUUUCUUCGUCGACAGCUCCAACUGGGACGGAGGACGAUUCCUGCCUUUCGGCUGGUCAGGGGUGAUGCAGGGCGCGGCCACGUGUUUCUACGCCUUUAUCGGCUUCGACAUCAUCGCUACGACAGGAGAGGAGGCGAAGAGUCCGAACACCUCCAUCCCCUACGCCAUUACAGCAUCACUCAUCACCUGUCUCACUGCCUACGUCUCUGUGAGUGUGAUCCUCACCCUGAUGGUGCCCUACACCCUGAUCGACGCCGACGCCCCCCUGAUGGAGAUGUUCUCUGUGCACGGGUUUUACUCGGCCAAGUACGUGGUGGCUUUCGGCUCCAUCGCCGGACUCACCGUCAGUCUGCUCGGCUCGCUCUUCCCCAUGCCACGAGUCAUCUACGCCAUGGCGGGGGACGGCCUGCUCUUCAGGUUCCUGGCUAACGUGAGCUCGUACACGGAGACGCCGGCGGUGGCGUGCGUGGUGUCGGGUUUCCUCGCCGCACUCCUCGCUCUGUUGGUGAGCCUGCGCGAUCUGAUCGAGAUGAUGUCCAUCGGCACGCUGUUGGCCUACACGCUCGUCUCCGUGUGCGUGCUGCUGCUGCGCUACCAGCCCGAAAGCGACAUCCACGGCUUUGUCAACUUCCUGUCUGAACAGGAAGUGGCCAGGAAGACGGAGAGCGAAGAGAAGGACGAAUACGAAGAAGGUGAUGAGUACAACGUCGAUGACGGUGGUGGGUGCAUCUCGAAAAACACUUGCGGCGCCAAGAAUCUCCCGUCGCUAGGCGACAACGAGAUGCUAAUCGGCAAGUCGGACAAAACCAAGUCUAGCUACGCGGCUAAUCAUCCGAACUACGGCACCGUGGACAAAUUGACCGGGAUCGAGUCUGAUGAGACGGAAAAUGCCUACGUGCAGAAGCUAAAGAGGCUAAUGGGGCCACGUUAUUACACGCUGCGGAUCCGGUUGGGUCUACCGGGAAAGAUGGACCGUCCCACAGAGGCCACCGGCCGGACGGUGACUCGCUGCGUUCUCCUGCUCUUCGUCCUCGUCUUCGCCUUCUGCUCGCUGAUCACGUUCGGCACGGACUUUAUCUCUGAGGGACAGUGGUGGGCCGUGACGCUGCUCGUACUGCUGGUGAUCUCCAUCUCGCUGCUCGUCUUCAUCAUCGUGCAGCAGCCGGAGAACCCGAAGCGUCUGCCCUACAUGGCGCCCUGCGUGCCGUUCGUCCCCGUCUCGGCCAUGUUGGUCAACGUUUAUCUCAUGCUCAAACUCUCCGGCAUCACCUGGAUCCGCUUUGCCGUCUGGUGCUUCAUAGGUGUGCUGAUUUAUUUUGGCUACGGAAUGUGGAACAGCACGCUGGAGAUCACGGCUCUGGAGGAGGAAGCUCAUGCCAGCACGUACCAGCGCUACGACAUGGGCGUCGACGAUAACCUCGCUGUAGAUGACGACCUUUGCCCUCCGGGAGACCGCAAACCCCAAAGCAGGACCGAGAAGCAGAACUGCAACUCAGAUGACGUUUCAGAUCCCAAAAAGUCCUCGUCGUCCCGCGGCAGAGCUAAAACCAAGAACGUGAAGACCACCUUCGAGGCUCUGGUGGUGGACGAGGACUUGGACGAACCGCUGGAAUGAACAAAGUCUAAAAACUCUUGGGCUAGAUGCUUCUCCAAAGUUUUAUUCCGCUUCCUGACCUAUUUAUCUGUUUUUCAUUUGUGUUUUUAACCUUAACUACCGACCAGAAAAGGAAUUAUAUUUCUAACAGGCCUACUGCAUUCCUUUGCACUUUGCUUGCUAUCACACACUCCAAAGACGGGCCGGUAAUUACAUUACUCCAUUCCUUUUCUGGAUUUGUAUUUCUUUCAUUUUAAUGUCUCUCGAACUGCAGUAACGAAUGCAUUGUAAAUCUCAUGCUAGCUCGCUAAUUAUCAAAGUUGAACAGCUUUUCCUGGGGAAAAAACCCAGAGUAAUUGUAACUUCUGUGAGAAGUUUCCAUUGGCGUAGGCAGAUUGGCGUUGGCGUUCGACUAGAAUAAUUUCUGAUGUUCCGCUAACACGUAAACACGACAUGAUGAAAUUUAGCGAGUUAGCGUCCAGGGAUUCUCCUCCGGAUGAACCGUUAAUGACUUUCUGAGACCGAGUACCAGAUAAAGACUAAUGAAGUGUGGAAGAGGAAGCCUAAAGGCAGCCGAUCACACGUCAGAUCUGCUUAAUGAAUUCAUCAACAUUAACGAUUAUCGUGAUGAGGUGUUGCUCCGUGUACGCUGCGUUUUUGGUUCGAAAUGAAAAUGGGAGAACAGCUUUUUGUUUCGUUUUUGUUUUUCUCUUGGCGUGCACUAAAAUAGCUCAUAAAAUUAUUCUUAGAAAUGCAAACGUUAACCCGCUUUUCAUUGUUUCCACUCGUCUAGAAAUCAAAUAUUCACGAGUAUUCAAAUGUGAAAAAAAUGUACACAUGGAGGUGAUGUAAGAUAAUUACUAUCGAGAAAAAGCGAUUACUGAUCAAAUCACGACGUGCGUUUAAAAAUAGUGAAGCGUGUGACGGUGAAGGAGAACGACGCGGCAGCUGGAAAGCAUCCCGAGGCACUGCCAUGUAAAGUGCAGCUGUUAAAGGCUUUGUGAUUUUGAGCUGAUGUUAGUUAGCGCUCCAGUUAACGUCUGUGUAUAACUGGGCUGGUUAGCGUUAGCUAAAUAUAAUGAACAUUUGAUUUCAAUUAUUAUUAAUAACUCAAAACUAAUCAAAAUGAAUCAGUCAUUUUAUGGAAAAAAAAAAAAGAAUACAUUUUCAGUCACUCCAGGAUUUUUGCGAUCGCAGAAAUGAACGCAAAAUCGAGCAAACGCGGCAAUAUUCGGAAUUUUCAAAAUGACCGCGUCAUGUGACGUCGUCACGACGUGUGUCCAGCCAAAGCCGCCUUCGAUUCACGAGUGCAGCGAAAAGGUCUCGUUUACCGACAAACAUCACUGUGCAAGAGCGCGCAGAACUGUUCCGUGAAAUCGCGAUACGUAGCUUUCUGCAAACACACACACACACACACACACACACACACACGCACACAAAAACUCUGCAAAUUGCAUCGAAAACUUAAAAAAACAAGAAAGCUGCAGUACAGUCCAGCGUUUUUACAAUUGCAACAAUCACAAAAUAAAAUCUGCGAAAUCCUGUACGGAGUGAAUUUCCUAUUUUGGUGAACGCCAAGAAAGAAAAAAAAACUCAAAUAAAAAGUUGUUUACUUGUUUUCUCCUUUUCAUUUUGUACCAAAAAACAGCGUACACUGAGCAGCGUGCCGCAGUUCGGAGGUAACAUCGGAGGUAACAUCGGCACGCCCGGCGCAUCAUCACUUCCUGUAGCAGAACCGUUCACAGAGCUUCAGGUUUAUUGUUUAAAACUCCACGCGGAGAUGAAACAUCUGAUCCAAACAGGUGAUCAGACUUCGAUGAAUUUCUGCGUUCUCUUCUUACGUUCGUUUUCACUUGAAGGUGCCGUAACCAAAAGCUCAAAUCUCACUCGUACGCUCUGACACGAAGUUGUUCUGUGCUACUGACUGUUUUUAUUUAUUUAAAACCGCGUAUUAGAAUCUUUCAUCCACAACAUCUAGCCCAAGAUGUUGCAGUGGCUCGAGACAGCCACGAGUUUGCUUGCGAUUAGUGCCUUCAUGCGUCUCUGGUCACGACUGCUCAUGCUUACCGACGUGUGUGUUGGUGUGUGUUGGUGUGUGUUUAUUUCUUUUGGUACGAUGAAAACGGAAUGAAUGACACGGGCGUCUUUAAUCAUUCUUGAAAUGUGUGCUCAUCCGUGCCUGCCAUGUUCCACCAUCUCCUCACCAGCUCUGUGUGCUAGCACUGCGCUAAACACGCCUCUGAUCUCACGCCGCAUUCGUGCAGAUUCAAGCCGGUGGAGUUUGUACGAAGCAUGACUCCGCCCCCAUUCAGAACUUCACCAUUCACCAAUCAUACAGUAUGUUUUUAAGGAAAGCACAGAGAUCAUGUUGGUAGGUUUACGCCGGGUGCAGUGGAUCAGCGAGGAUAUGAUCCAGGUUUAAAGUCACGUUACCCAAAACUAAACUCGUAACUCAUUCCACCGUAAGAGGCCUUACGUUUUUCAGUUUAGAACAAACAUACAUGUCGGAAUAAACUAAAGAUAUUAGUGAGUACAGAUGGUUCAAUUAAGGAUUAAUAUUCUCUGUUCAGUUCCACAGAGGCCUGGGUCUGGACACGCUGCGCUGAGUUGUGCCACGCAAUGCAUCUGUAAUGUACAGAGCUUUAUUUCAGGUCUUGGGCAGUUUGUGUGUGUGUGUGUGUGUGUGUAGUUUCUUGUCCAUGUAGCAUGUGGAAAUUAAACUUGCGUCGCUGAGUAAUUUGCAUGUGUGAGAAACCACAAUGAGGCUGUGUUCCAUUACUGUUUUUAAUGCGCCCUUGCUGACUUCCCCUUGGUCCGUAUGAGAUCGAGUGAAACUGAUGAGAUGAGGGAUCGAGUAGGUGCCGGUCCUGGUUUUGGUCACUGAAAGGGGCGGAGCUUAAGUUAGCUUUCCGUCACAUCGCAGCAAUUUGCCAAUGAUGACUUUUUUUAACUUUACUAAGGAGUGACAUAGGUUUUAUCCGUUUAUAGUUACAUUGAUAGUUUAAUGUUGUGGAACGCCUGGGAAAUGCAGAUGUUGACAUUUCUGUGGACUGUGGAUUUCUCCGUGUAUAUAUGAAGGAACUGCGCGAAGAGGUAUUGCUCGAGAGUUAGCAUGUGGGCGUGCUGGAAGUGCAUACUCCUGUGGAAUAGACGAUGCACACUUUAGAGUGAUCGAGGGCGCGCUGAAAGCGGUUUGGGACGCAGAGUGUGACGCAGCAAUUCCUCCUGUUUACAAAGCCAAAUUCUGCCAACCGCUAUUUUCCUUCACAAUCGGAUAUAAAAUGGUGUCUGAGGAUUUUUUACGGUUGUUUCAUAAAGAGUUUUAACGCCAACACUUACAGGAAGAAACCCCAAACCUCUGAGUGCACAAACGCCUGGUUCUGUUUUAUCAUUUACCAUUCUCUAAAUACUAUCACCAUCCUUCACUCAGCAUGGUGUGUUCUGACCAGAUGAGAGCAGUACAGUGUGUUCUGAUUGGCUGAGAGCAGCACGGUGUGUUCGGAUUGGCUGAGAGCAGUACGGUGUGUUCUGUUUGGCUGAGAACAGUACGGUGUGUUCUGACUGGCUGAGAGCAUUACGGUGUGUUCUGAUUGGCUGAGAGCAGUACGGUGUGUUCUGAUUGGCUGAGAGCAGUACGGUGUGUUCUGAUUGGCUGAGAGUAGUACGGUGUGUUCUGAUUGGCUGAGAGCAGUACGGUGUGUUCUGAUUGGCUGAGAGCAGUACGGUGUGUUCUGAUUGGAUGAGAGCACUACGGUGUGUUCUGACUGGCUGAGAGCACUACGGUGUGUUCUGAUUGGCUGAGAGCAGUACGGUGUGUUAUGAUUGGCUGAGAGCACUACGGUGUGUUCUGAUUGGCUGAGAGCAGUACGGUGUGUUCUGAUUGGCUGAGAGCAGUACGGUGUGUUCUGACUGGCUGAGAGCAGUACGGUGUGUUCUGAUUGGCUGAGAGCAGUACGGUGUGUUGUGAUUGGAUGAGAGCAGUACGGUGUGUUCUGAUUGGCUGAGAGCACAGUGUUGUUGUGUUUAUAUUUUUGAAAAUAUACAGUUAUAAAAGUAUAGUUGUUUCAGAAUUGAUGGCAUCUUCAAUAUCACCAUUAGUGAAUUAUUUCGAACCGUAUUUGGCACAUUUUUUGAGAAUUUCAUUGCAGUUUGUGGUUUUUAUCAACUUUAUACUGUUUAAAGUUUGAGACUAAAGUGUGAAACGUUCCCAUAAAACCAGACUGAUGGGACGUAGAAGGAUUUCAAUUAGAGCUGCCUGCUGAUGAUGUCAUAACGGGCGUCACACCAUCUGACCGAUCAGCAGCUUCGCUUCAAAUCACACUCUUCAGAAAAGACACGAUACAGACUACACUAUAAUAUCAGGCUUUAAAUGAAUGAAUUAGCGAAAGCUAAAAGACGGGUUAGCUACGUCUAGCUAUCAUGGCUAUAGAGCCCUGACAGGAUGAACAGUAUCGGUGAGGAAAGCGUCAGAUUAGUGUUUGAUUACUGAUAAAAAUAAAACCGCUCCCGCUCCAGGAGUGCACUCGGACGUUUGGGAGUGAAGGUGUGUAUUUUUAAAGAGCUCUUUCAGUAAAUUUAAGUGUGGGUAUGGACUGUAGUUUGUUCGAGACUCGAGCACUGAGACAGCGUUUCGAACAGAACCGGAGAUUGUGUAAAGGAAUAUUUUAUUACGGAUCUAUUUUAGAAAGAAAUUAGCCACUGUUAGCACUAAGACUUGGCUAGCGUUUAUUUGAUCUAUUUCCUGUUGACGAUACACGCUGCGCAUUGUUGUGUUUGUUGCACAGAGUGUGUGUCGGGUGUGUGUUGUUCGGGUGAGAUCAGCUUCCCGGUGUAAACUUGGUCUUUUUGGAUGUUAUUCUUGUAAGAUUUUAAAUUAUUUAAAAGAAAAAAAGGCCAAAAUAUUUAUCUAUAUAUCUAUCUAUCUAUAUAUCUCAUUUUGUUGUUUUUUUUUUUGUUUUGUUUGUUUGUUUGUUUGUUCGUUUGUUUGUUUCACCAUUUGUGGUCCUGCUACCGCGUCACAUUGUGUGAUGAUGUUGUCAUGGCAACAAUGAAAGCUGUUUAUUGCAGACCUGA